UACUCCCUGCCGUUAUGUUUGAAGAGUGUGUUACUUCACUGAGGAACUACAUUCAAGAUCGAACAAAUGGAAAAUGUAUUCCGCCCUGGAACUGGCUGUUUAUCAAACUCGCCUCUCUUCUGUCUCGUUAUCCCUCGGGAAUCACCAAGGCGAUUAUUUUGGCAGAGAUUCAACAGUCAUGGAACCAACAUAGUCAAUUUCAGGGACUUCUAGAGGAACAGAGAGCGCGAAAGGUAUCUGUUGAUUCUGUUUUUGAAAGCAGGCGCAUAGGAUAUGAAUCAAUCCUUGAAGCAGCCGUGGAAAAUAUUGAAACAGUUCCAGAUACUCACACAAAGAUUGCCAUUUUGCGAGAUUCGACAAGAGGCAGAAAUACUCUGGGAAUGUACCUACAUCAAAAGCUUUACCAGUUGAACGAAUCUAGCGUUAAAAAACUCACCUUGCGUUUCACCAGCUGUCGCUUAAUACAAGGAAAAGGUUUGAGUUUUUCUUCGGCCAGUCACAAAGUUCAUCUUCUGCCAUCGGAAAAUGUAGUGAUUUUAUGCCAGCAGGACGAACUAUUGCAGUUUGGAAAGUUUGGCUCGCUUGAAAAUAUUAAUGUGAGUCCUUCUCCCCAUUACGGUCACAGUGUUAAGGUUGAAGUCGCCGAUUUAGGCUUUGAGGAAGCGGUCCACUUUCCUAAUGGCCAGACGAGUAACAAGAGAUGCGUGAAAGUGGUUGAUUCUGACGACGUUCAUGUGAAUUUAUACCUCUGGGAUGAACAACUCCCUUUAGCAAACCUGUUCAAAGAAGGCGACAUACUGGCUAUUCAGCAACCGUACGUGGUCCCAAACCAGGAUGAAUUGUUUUUCUUGGAAUAUGGUCCAGCUACAGUCAUAUUUUGCAUGUCACAUGCCCCAGAACAUGAAACAAUUCCAAGCCAAAAUUCCACUACCCAGGGGACCCCUGUGAGUGUUAUCAGAGACAGUCAAGGGAUGUUGGACUAUUCGACCUUUCCUGAACGCAUCUUUUUGAGGGACAUCAAAUCAAACAUGACAAGGGUGACGGUAUUCUGUACCAUAACCAAUGUGAGUACCAUGGAGGUUUUCACACAACAGCAAGUAGCAGGACACAAGUUCAUCUUAACUGUCACAGAUGCUACCAACAGUCACACUGUUACAAUUUAUGAUCACAACAGAAUUUAUUAUGAUUCACUUUUUGCUGGCCAAAAUGUUUUGUUGGAAAAUGUUUGUGCUCCAGGUGCAAGUUCAUCCAAAGCCUUAACCUUAGAGACAAGCAAUGGUGGAAGGAUCUGGAAUCUUAGCGCAAUGACUGGAUGGCUGGCAAGCAAGUGCUUGUCAUCUCCAGUGCCUGUCAAAGAUGUUGUCAAGUUUGAUCACUGUGUGUGUCAAGCUGUCGUCAUUCAAGUCCACGGCAUCAGUGGCAGACAUGCUGUUAGAGUUCACAUGUCAUGCCACAGGGAAGUGGAAAGUAACAGUGGGAAUUUCUUCUGCAAAAAAUGCGAAGUUACUCAUUUGAAUGAAAUGCUCAACAAGCCAAAUCAGCUGAAAUCCCCAUCCAUGUACUGGAAGUGGCAGUAUACUUUGAGUCUUGAGUUACAUGACUCAGAGAAGAGCAUAGAGGCAUCUCUGACAGAUCAUGCUGCAGAACAGCUUCUACAAAUAACAGGGUCACAGUUUGUUGAACAUGUUGGAAAUGCUCAAGAGCAAGUGUUGGAAUCAGUCUUAGGGCAAGAGUGUUUAUUUGGUAUUUCAAGCCUUAGAGGACAUCAUCAGAUUGAUGCAAUUUGUCUUAUGAAUUGAGACCAAUCAAUCAUGACAGUAUUUUUAUUAU